CCGUGCCACGCGGAGAACCAUUCCCUUUAGUCUCUGUCUUAGGGACAGCCCAGAGAGGGGAAGAAGAAGGUAGUCCGUGGCUGAGAUGAAGGUAGAAACCAUCAUCUGAGGUUGCACGGAAGGUUUGGUAGGGUGAAGUGUCUCAUCCCAGGCGUGGCCCUUCUAUUCUACAGAUGAGAAAAAUAUUUAAAGAGGGAAAGUAACCCGUUUAAGGCCGUAUAGGGAUCUGUAAUAGUGCUAUUCAACGGUGGGACCUAAAUUAGGAGUCAGACCUUAUGUCCUCAAAAGGGCCCUCUUCUCUUUAAUUUUCUUGUUUUGGUGUUUGAGACAGGGUCUCAUGCAUCCCAGGCUGGCCUCAAACUCACUAUCGUAGGUGAGGUUAACUUUCAACUGAUUUCUGUCCAGCUUCCAUCUCUUAAGUCCUAGAACUGUAGGCAGUCCCCACCACACCCAACUCACAGAGCUGUUUUUAACCUUCAUGUUUUUCUGUAACUCUUUGCUUCGCUGUACGAGGCGGGUUCUGAACACAAACUUGGACCCAGAUGUAGGGCACUGUAGUCGAACAAGAUAGGCUAGUUGUGGCUGCUAAAACAUGAUGUUCUGUUCUUUACAGACGCACUGCUUUCUUCACAAGGCUUUUAAGGGCCAGGAUAUCAGUUAUAUAUAGGGCAAAACGGUUGAGCCUCAUAUGUUCUUGGUGUGCAGCUGCCCUUACCAAUUUGCCUGUUACUUACAGAGCCACAGUGUAGACUGUCUCCUUGGGUUUCACUAGGACUGUUGGGAAGCAGAUUGGCAGAUUGUUUUUUAGUUUUUCUCUCUUUUUUUUCUUUGUAAGGUUUUAGGGAAGAAUUUCAGAAGAGAAGUUAACUUUGCGCCGACACAACUAUAAAAUGCCUAAGGAAUAUAUGUUCUUAACUUGGUGUAUAUCUUUAAGAUGAGGACUGGAAAGAUGGCUCAGCAAUUAAGACCAUUGACUGCUCUUCUAGAGGUCCCUGACUCAGUCCCCAGCACGCACAUGGCAGUUCACACCUGUCUGUAGCUCCUUUUCCAGGAGAUCUGACAUGCUAUGCAGGCAAAACACCAGUGAACAUUUUUUUUUUUAAUUUAAAGACUGGGACUGUAGAAAUGGCUCAGUAGUUUUUUGGGUUUUCCUCCUACGUAUGAGGGGGUGCUGUGUGCAUAUAUGUUCAUGCGUUGUAGAUGGAAGUUUGCAACAUGUGGAGACCCAAGUUUUGUGUCCAGAAUCUUACUAGAUAACUCUCUCCUUUGAAGCAGGGUCCCUCAACCAAAACCAGGGAUGGGCAGCAUGACUCCCCUCUUAAGAUCCUGUCUCCACUUUCCAGGACUGUUAUUAUAGAUAUGCUGUCACACCCAACAUACAUGUGGGCUCUAGGGAUCCCAACUCUCACCCUGUUACUUGCUGAACAGGUGCUAGCACCGAAAGAAAUACUUUUGACAGGUGUGAAAACUAAAACCCCUCCUCUACAGCACUCAGACAACACAAUAUUUCACCCCCAUUUUAAAACAGAGUAUUUUAUUUUAUGUGUAUGAGUGGUUUUGCAUGUAUGUCUGUGUACCACACAUGUGCCGGAUGCCCACAAAGGCCAGAAGAUGUCAUCAGAUCCCCUAGAACUGGAGUUACAAAUCGCUGUGUGCGGUCCUGUGGGUGUUGGGAACUGAACCUGGGUCCUCUGGAAGAGCAGCAGGGAACCUCUCUGGCUUUCCAUGCCUCUUUGAAACAUGCACAUAUGUAUGUACGGAUACACAUGCAUGCACACAUUUGGGGACGGGGGGGGGGAGGGGGGAAUGCCCUUAGUGUAUGUGAAAGGACGGUUUCAAGAACCCCUGUGAAGAACUGGGGGUAGGGCUCUUACCUUCAGAGCUUGGGCUCACUGUAUCAUCAUCAUCAUCUCCUAAGAGAAAAAGAUGAGACCAGUAGGAAAUACACUCGUCUCUGUUCAGCUAGUAAGAAUUCGGGCUUGUAUCCAAGUCUCCUGAUUUCCCUUUCUCCUUUUGCUCGUCCGUUACCAUCUCUGAGGUCUGAAUGAGCUGUGUGUGGGCUCUGUCCUACCUAUCGGUGUGUUAAUGUUUGAGUUCACUGUCACAACUCUAUCUCCUGGUGUUUGUUCUAUAGAUCUAAAGAGCAGUCGUGUUUCCUUCUCAUAAAAUUCCUCCCUCUAAGGAUUGAGUUGGUGAAAUUCCAAUUUAGUUCAUGGCCAUAAUUAGCUCUUCUUGAACAAUUCAAAUUUUUAUGCCUGUCUUUUCCUAGACCCCCACCAAAAACAAAAAAAGAAAGAAAGAAAAGAAAAGCUACCUGGCACUAGGGACUGUGUUGGUUUGUCGGGUUACUGUUCGGUUUUUGGCUUUGGUUUGGUGUUUUCUUUUGAGUCAAGUUCUAAUGUCCUGUGGUUUGGCCUUGAACUCCUGAUCCUCCUGUCUCUGCUCCAGGUGCUGGAAUUACAGGUAUACUCCUACCAGACACAACAGCAAGGGUACUGUUCAGAUCUGUGCUGUCUGCACUACAGCCGCUAGCCAUGCAGUUACACUUCGGUAUACCGAAAAUUAGUUCGCUUUUGCCAGUCGCCCUAUUUCAGGUUCCUGCCAUGGACGCACCGUAUGACGGCACUGAGGUAACUGUCCUGAUGGAGGAAAUCGAGGAAGCUUAUUACACUUCCCCUGGGCCACCUAAGAAGAAGAAAAAAUAUAAAAUACAUGGAGAAAAGGCCAAGAAACCCAGGUCUGCUUACCUUCUGUACUACUAUGACAUCUACUUGAAAGUGCAGCAGGAGCUCCCCCACCUCCCCCAGUCCGAGAUCAAUAAGAAGAUUAGUGAGAGCUGGAGGCUCCUCAGCGUGGCGGAGAGAAGUUACUACUUGGAGAAAGCCAAACUAGAGAAAGAAGGUUUGGAUCCUAACUCUAAGCUCUCUGCACUGACUGCUGUGGUUCCGGACAUCCCAGGUUUCAGAAAGAUCCUUCCGCGAUCGGAAUACAUCAUCAUUCCCAAGAGCACCCUGCAGGAAGACAGGAGCUGCCCUCAGCUAGAGCUGUGUGUGGCUCAGAACCAGAUGUCCCCUAAAGGAUCUACUCUCAUGCCUAAUGCUUCCCCAGAAGUAGUAGCCAGCCAUGCAGGCAUGGCAGAGCAGUGCCUGGCUGUGGAGGCCCUGGCUGAGGAGGUAGGAGCCCUUUCCCAGCCGGGUGCCAUGCAGGAGAUUGCCACCUCAGAGAUCCUCAGCCACGAUGUGCUCCUGGAGGAGGCGUCCUUGGAGGUAGGAGAGAGCCACCAACCUUACCAGACAAGCCUGGUAAUUGAAGAGACUUUAGUAAAUGGCUCAUCAGACCUCCCUACUGGAAGCCUGGCUGUGCCACAUUCCCAGGUUGGGGAGAGCUUGUCAGUGGUAACGGUCAUGAGGGACUCCAGUGAGAAUAACCCCUCUGCUCCAACCACCCAGUUCAUCAUGCUGCCUCUGCCUGCUUACUCGGUUGUGGAGAACCCUUCCUCCAUCAAACUGACUACAACAUACACUCGCCGGGGCCAUGGGACAUGCACGAGCCCAGGUUGUUCUUUUACCUACGUCACCAGGCACAAACCACCUAAGUGCCCUACUUGUGGUAACUUCCUAGGUGGGAAGUGGAUCCCAAAGGAAAAGCCAGCCAAAGUCAAAGUGGAAUUGGCUUCAGGUGUCUCCUCCAAAGGUUCUGUGAUUAAAAGAAAUCAGCAGUCUGUCACCACUGAGCAAAACCCCUCUAAGGAAAAUGCUUCAAAAUUGACUCUGGAAAACUCAGAAGCUGUAAGCCAGCUCUUAAACGUAGCUCCUCCAAGAGAAGGGGGCGAGGACAGUGAGUGGGAGGAAGUGAUUGUCUCCGAUGCUCAUGUUUUGGUCAAAGAAGUUCCUGGGAAUUGCAAUACAGCAGUAACCAAGAUGCCAGUUGUCAAGAGUGGUAUACAGGCUGAGGUCUCGCUGGGGACAACUGAGAAUGACAGUCCUGGACCAGACAUACCACCAUCGGCCGAGGGGACCAGCACCUCCAGUUUACUCCAAGCUCACAAAAAGUCUUCAGGAGUUGACCUAUUCACCACUGGACCCAAAGCCCCAGAGCUUAAAGGCAGAGCACGAGGCAAGCCCUCCUUACUGGCUGCAGCGAGACCUAUGAGAGCAAUACUGCCAGCCCCAACAAGUGUUGGACGGGGCAGCAGCAUGGGACUGCCCAGGGCCAGGCAGGCUUUCCCGCUGGAUAAGACUCCUCCUGUGAGGACUUGUGGCCUGAAGCCAAGCACGCUGAAACAGCUGGGCCAACCCAUCCAACAGCCACCUAGCACUGGUGAAGUAAAGCUAUCCAGUUGCGCAAGCAGCAGGACCCCUCAGCUGAAAAUCGUGGAGGUCAAGCCUGACAUGUUCCCUCCGUAUAAAUACAGCUGCACUGUCACAUUGGAUUUGGGCCUGGCUACAUCAAGAGGACGGGGAAAGUGCAAAAAUCCCUCCUGUAGCUACGUCUACACCAACCGGCACAAGCCUCGGAUUUGUCCCAGCUGUGGUUUUAACCUUGCCAAAGACAGGACUGAGAAAACUACAAAGGCCAUUGAGGCGAGCUCUCCACACCCAGAUGUGCCAAGUACCACAGAACCCCUGAAUGCAGCCCAGAGGGAGAUCCAGCGUCAGUCCACGCUGCAGCUGCUGCGUAAAGUCAUGCAGAUUCCUGAGAACGAGUCAGAGCUGGCCGAGGUCUUCGCCUUGAUUCAUGAACUGAACAGCUCUCGACUUAUCCUGUCCAACGUGAGUGAGGAGACAGUCACCAUCGAACAGACCUCUUGGUCGAAUUAUUAUGAGUCUCCAUCCACGCAGUGCCUUCUCUGUAGCAGCCCAUUGUUCAAAGGGGGACAAAACUCUCUGGCCGGGCCCCAGGAAUGCUGGCUCCUGACGGCUAACCGGCUACAGGUGGUGACUGCGCAGGUGAAGAUGUGUCUGAACCCUCAUUGUUUGGCCUUGCACAGCUUCAUGGACAUCUACACAGGUCUCUUUAACGUGGGGAAUAAGUUGCUGGUCAGCCUGGACUUACUUUUCGCAAUCCGGAACCAGAUUAAGCUGGGAGAAGACCCCAGAGUGUCUGUCGGCGUUGUGCUGAAGUCUGUGCAGGAGCAAACAGAGAAGACACUGACCUCAGAGGAGCUGAGCCAGCUGCAAGAUCUGUUGUGCAAUGGCUAUUGGGCUUUUGAGUGCCUCACUGUUCGGGACUACAAUGACAUGAUCUGUGGGAUCUGCGGGGUGGCCCCCAAAGUGGAAAUGGCUCAGAGGAAUGAAGAGAAUGUGCUGGCACUGAAGAGUGUGGAGUUUACCUGGCCUGAAUUCUUGGGCUCCAGUGAGGUGAACGUAGAGGACUUUUGGACCACAAUGGAGACAGAAGUGAUUGAGCAGGUUGCCUUCCCUGCGAGCAUCCCCAUCACCAAGUUUGAUGCCUCUGUUAUUGCUCCCUUCUUCCCACCGCUCAUGAGAGGAGCCGUGGUUGUCAACACUGAGAAAGACAAAAACCUGGAUGUGCAGCCAGUGCCUGGCAAUGGCAGUGCCUUGGUGAGACUGCUGCAGGAAGGCACCUGCAAGCUUGAGGAACUUGGCUCCUAUGGGGGGGAGGAGCUACAGUUCCUUCUGGAGCAGUGCGACAUCCCCUUUGGCCCAGAAGACUCAAGGGAUCAGCUCUGCUUCUCCUUAUUGGCCCUCUAUGAAUCUGUACAGAAUGGAGCCAGAGCUAGACCACCCCCAACUCAUUUCACAGGGGGUAAAAUCUACAAAGUGUGCCCCCAUCAGGUAGUCUGUGGUUCCAAGUAUCUUGUUCGAGGUGAAAGUGCCCGUGACCAUGUGGAUCUGCUUGCUUCUUCCCGCCACUGGCCACCUGUCUAUGUGGUAGAUAUGGCCACACCAGUGGCCCUAUGUGCUGACCUCUGCUACCCAGAGCUGACUAGCCAGAUGUGGGGGAAGAAUCAAGGCUGUUUCUCUAACCCUACAGAGCCAGUUGUGAGUGUGUCCUGCCCUGAACUCUUGGACCAGCAUUAUUCUGUGGAUGUGACAGAGGCUGAAAACUCUGUCCAGCAUCCAGUCACUAAGACUGCCACACGUCGAAUUAUCCAUGCAAACACAAAGCCUGAUCCCAGUGACCCCAGUGCUGGCCACCGUUCCUUAUCACUGUGCCCUGAGCUGGCACCUUAUGCCUCUACCACGGACAGCAAACUCAGCAGUAUCCGCCAGCGGCCCAUCGCCUUUGACAAUGCCACCCACUAUUACCUCUACAACCGCCUCAUGGACUUCCUCACCAGCCGAGAGAUUGUCAACAGGCAAAUCCAUGACAUUGUGCAGAGCUGCCAGCCUGGCGAGGUGGUCAUUCGUGACACCCUCUAUCGCCUUGGGGUCGCUCAGAUCAAGACAGAGACCCAGGAGGAUGGAGAGGAAGAGGAAGUACCCUCAGUGGUGGAAUAAGCCAGGUUUUUAUGUACAGGGCCUGCAUCAUCUCUCUCAAGCCAUAAUAUGGCCCUUGCCCAAGGCAGUCCUUUGAGAGGACCUGCAGUCCUCUGUAGGGAGGGCCUCUGACUGCUGGAACUGACCAAAGAGCUUCCAUUUCAUGAGCACAGUGGGGCCCUCAACCUCUAAGGCUCAGGAGAGGUGCUGGGAAACCUCUACUUGACCUGAGAGAGCACGUGGGUUGGGGAGCAUGAUAUUUUUAAGGAUCAGAUGCUGAUGGAAAGGCCGGGGCCUGGUUGUCCAGACCCACCACCACCUGGGGUCCUGCACCGGGUGGGGCAGCCAUUGAGCUAAGCUGGUGGGGAGGAGCUUUGGCUCCUGUCCUAUGAGCUUCCUAGCUUGCCUUUUGACUAGGGGCCUUGCCGGCUUAUUCACUCUUGUGGUCCCUUUGGGCCCUUCAUUUUCCCUAAAGGAGGGGUGCAUUCUCUUUUCCUCCAGCUCUCCCUGUUCCCCCACCUUGGGGCAGCUGAGGAGGACAGUCAGUUACAGCUCCCUCCAGGCUCUCCUCUGCCCUGGGUUUGGGGGAAGAGAAUCCUUCCUCCUUUCUCUGGCCACUGCUACUGUACCCUACAUCCUCUGGGUCCUCAGACCCUCACCACAGAGGGGAUGUGGCCCGUGGUUGUGACAUAGCUGACAAGCAGUAGGAAAACUCCCUUCUGUGAAGGGGAAGCAGAUAGGGCCGUAAACAAACAGCAACACGGGCUCAGGUGCCCAUGGUUUGCUUAGGGCCCAGGUUUGGCCAAGUGCUAUUUAAUUUAUUGAGAGGGUGGGAUAGGUGGCUUUCCCUCUCGUUCUUCCCCCAACAAGAAUAAAGUUUAUUAAAUUAUCUGGUUUUGAUGAA